AUGGCAUCAUUGAAAGAGCUACAAGACAACAGUUGUGGCGAUGAACUAUUAGAAGACUAUGCCGAGGACUAUGGCGAAGGGGACGCGUUUCUCAGUAAAGCAUCUGAAGUCAGCGAUUUUGAUUCGCCAGACAAACAGCAGAAAUCAGUUUUUCAUUUCACAAAGACACAGAAGUGGACACUACUUGGUCUAUCCGUUGCCACGAUGGUUGAUCUUCUGGCCAACAGCAUUCUUGCCCCGUUUUUCCCACGAGAGGCUAACAAAAUGGGCAUGUCAGAUGCUAUAAUUGGGCUAAUAUUUGGAUGUUUUUCCUUGACUAUGUUUAUAAUGUCACCCAUAUUUGGGAAAUUUAUUUCUCAAAUUGGGUGCAAAGUUAUGUUUCUUGCAGGUUCAUUUCUCUGUGGAGUGUGUGCAAUAAUAUACGGCUUUCUCAAUAACUUGGAUUCCAGACCAGUGUUCGUAGCUUCUUGCUUUAUCGUAAGGUCAGUUGAGGCAGUUGGGGCAGCUGCUUCCACAACGGCAUCAGGUGCAAUCGUUGCAAAAGUGUUCCCAAACAACACUACACUCACUUUGGGAAUACUUGAGGCAUUUGGUGCCCUAGGUCUCAUGCUGGGGCCACCUUUAGGUGGAUAUCUUUACCAGGCUGGCGGAUUCUUCCUACCAUUUACUGUGCUAGGAGGAAUGGCAGUACUCGUGACGUUUUUCAACUUUUGUAUUCUGCCCAAUGUCAAAGAUGAAGGAGCCCCAAAGUCAGGAUCAAUAAUACAAUUGUUGAAAAUACCGUCAGUUAUUGUCACUUCUAUAUCUGUUAUCACUGGUUCCAUGGCUUUAGGUGUGUUGGAUCCUUUAUUGACGAAACAUUUGACACCGUUUCGCCUAAAUAGUGCUAAUGUUGGUUCAGUAUUCAUGGCAAUGGCAGGUCCGUAUGCAGUCUCUGAGCAGCAUUUAUUGUUGGCUGGCUCACAGAUAAAUGGUGAAUUAUGGAUCGUUAUUUUGUCUCUGGUCAUCAUCGGCAUGGGAGUGGCUUGUUCACUGGUGCCGACAUUUACGGACAUUGUUGAAUCAGCAAGAUGGUAUGGUAUGGAGCAACACAUGGGUACAUAUGGAGUGGUAUCUGGCGUGUAUCGUGCUUUGGAGUCAAUAGGGGGUUUUAUCGGUCCUACAGCUGGGGGAGCUUUGGAACAAGCCUAUGGUUUUAGUUGGGCGGCAUGCAUCAUGGCGUUAAUAUAUCUCAUGGUUUCAUUUAUACUGAUUGUAUUUUGUAUAUGGGAAUAUCAAUGUGGAAGAGGAAGACGGAAAUCAGACAAACGACCCAGCGUGAUUCUUCUGGUUAAUUCCGCCGAAUCAAAGACAGAGAAUGGAGACCUGUAG